UGUGUUUAUGUCAUCCUAUACUUUAAAGGCUGAAACCCCCCCAGGAGUCCAUAAUGAUGAGUUAGCAGUCUCCUCUUCCAGUUUGGCUGGCUAUUCCAACAACUUGCCUUCCUGUCUUCCUCAGCAGUCAUGCUGACAGAACAGCUUCCUACCCGACAAGACCUGGUUGAAUCUCUUGAUUCUGAAGCUAUAUUUGAUUAUCUAAUUCAACAUGGUGUCUUGGAUGAAGGAACAAGGGAUGGCAUUCGAGAGGAGACAACCAAGGUGCAAAGAAAUACUGCAUUAUUGCAGCACCUCCAGGGGAAUGGGGACUCUGCAAUUGCCUUAUUUAUCAAUGCUCUUCGACAAUCUGGUCAGCUUGUACUAGCCAGCUCUUUGGAUGUGACCAGCAAAAUAAAACCAACCUAUGGAUCAGGUUAUCUUGGAAAAGAGCGAUAUAAAGGUCAAGUAACUAUCAAGAUUUUAGUGGAUUCCAUCAAAGGUUUUUUCCCGAAGUGGGAGGAAGGUGACCAGUUGGAAGAGAAACACGGCGAUACCCCAGAAAAGGAAGUCAAACCACAUGGGGGAACAAACCAUAAUGACCUGAAUGUGUUGCUAACACCACGCCGCAUGCAUAAAUCGUAUGAAAAUAUGACAAUGAUUGACGGGAUAGGCGAUGGUUCAAAGUCAAGGAUGUGGCGAAUUCAUGAAUAUUCAUACGAAAGGGAGGGGUAUGACACAGCUGGUGAGGAGGAGGAGGAUGGAGCAAAAUCUAAUGGGUUCUGUUGGUGCCUAUGUAUUCCCCGGAAGAAGAAAGCCAAAAAAUACAAACAAAAUUAUCCUGAGCCACCUCGAGAACGACAGAGAACUGAAAGUCCAAGAAGUGUUCAACCUCGUUCCAAGACCUCAAAUACUAGGGGCAGUAGUCCAUUUUCAAGCGAUAUCAGUGCCCCUACAAAAGGUCAACAAAAGGUCAAAGGUGGAAGCUCUAACACGUACUCCCCGAAAAGGACUGAUGUUUCUAUGCAACGGAAUUCGAAUGGAAAGGAUAGAUCAGUAUCCGGCAAAGUGCAAUAUAGUGUUAAAGACACGACACCCUCAGUCACACAUUCCAAAGCAAAACAAACAGGAAAGGACCGCACAAAAUACAAGGAGAAAACUAAAAAUGGUGUCAACCAGCGGGGCCGUAAAGGUGAAACUGGUACGCAAGGACAUAGCUCUAGGUCAGAAAAUAAAGAAAACACUCCCCCAGUCGUCUCAUGCACCAAUACGCCUAAAAAACAUGGAACUAAUGUGAAAAACAUGCAAAGUCCUAGUUGUGAUUCAGUCUUAUCUGAAGCAGAGGAGCCGGUAGAAUUUUGUGUCAUGUGGAAAAGUCGUGGUCCAACGUUUGACCAACAUGUUGACAAGUUCAAUGAUAUAAUUGAUAAGGAUGUGGCGGUUAAAUCGCAAAUCGUGAAAUAUUUUGAGCAGGAACGAGGGACACUUGUUUUGUCUGUGUAUUGUAGUGAGGACACCCUGAUCAUCUGUAAUAUAUGUAUGACAUGUGAACAGGUGAAAAAUAUUCAAGCUGAUGAAAGAUCUGGACUUCUGAAUGAAUUAAUUGAAGGCAUGAUGCUCAAAAAGUCUGUGAUUGAUGCACUAAAUGUGGAUGAAAUGAAACUACAGGUGGCCGUUGAUGAUAAUGAAAUCGACCUUGCUAUGGAUGACUUAAGAUAAAGAAAAUAUUGCACAAAUUCAACAUUUCUGUGGUUGGACAUCUACCACUGACCAAGAAAGACACAUAGACCGCUGACCAAGAAAAACACAUUGACCAUUGGCCAAGAACAACACAUAGACCACUGACCAAGAACAACACAUAGACCACUGGCCAAGAACAACACAUAGAUCACUGACCAAGAACAACGCAUAGACCACUGACCAAGAAAGACACAUAGACCGCUGACCAAGAAAAACACAUUGACCACUGACCAAGAACACCGCAUAGACCACUGACCAAGAACAACACAUUGACCACUGACCAAGAACAACACAUAGACCACUGACCAAGAACAACACAUAGAUCACUGACCAAGAACAACACAUAGACCACUGGCCAAGAACAACGCAUAGACCACUGACCAAGAACAACCACUGACCAAGAACAACACAUAGACCACUGACCAAGAACAACGCAUAGACCACUGACCAAGAACAACAGAUAGACCACUGACCAAGAACGACCACUGACCAAGAACAACACAUAGACCACUGACCAAGAAGGACCACUGACCAAGAACAACACAUAGACCACUGACCAAGAACAAAACAUAGACCACUGACCAAGAACAACACCAAGAAGGACCACUGACCAAGAACAACACAUAGACCACUGACCAAGAACAACAGAUAGACCGCUGACCAAGAACAACGCACUGACCACUGACCAAGAACAACACAUAGACCUCUGACCAAGAACGGCCACUGACCAAGAACAACACAUAGACCAUUGACCAAGAACAACACAUAGACCACUGACCAAGAACGACCACUGACCAAGAACAACACAUAGACCACUGACCAAGAACAACACAUAGACCACUGACCAAGAACAAUGCAAUGACCACUGACCAAGAACAAUGUAUUGACCACUGACCAAGAAAAAUAGACCACUGGUCAAGAUCAGCACAUAGACCACAGACCAAAAACAAAUUUUAAUACACAUACCUGGCAGUAUAUGGUUUAAGAUAAGUAUACCAAUUCAGUUUGACUUUACCAUUAACCAACAUUGCCAAGGUUAACCAAUAACAGUCAAUUCUCUGUGGAUUAAUGUUGCAUCAAAUCCUUGAUUGAAGCAUGCCAUAACAUAAUGAGAAAUUGAUGCUGAAAUCGCAAUUUUGAUAA